AUGGAGGAGAAUCAAGAGAAACAAACACUUCCAGUGGGAGAUUCGAAGGCAGAGACCUCCUCAGAGAUGAAGCAGCAAAACGAUUGUUCUGAGGAGAAAUUCGUGUGGCCAUGGGUUGGUCUUGUUGCAAACAUACCAACAGAGGUUGAGAAAACUGGUCGGAGAGUAGGCAAAAGCGGUGCAACGUUACGUGAUGAGCUAACACUGAAAGGGUUUAGUCCAACAAGAGUCCAACCAAUUUGGAAUUUCAAAGGACAUUCUGGUUUUGCUUUGGUUGAAUUCAGCAAAGAUUUCGAAGGUUUCGAAAACGCCAUGAGAUUCGAGAGGAGUUAUGAAUCAGACAGACAUGGGAAGAGAGAUUGGGAGAAAGGUGCUCACUUUAGAGAUGAGAAGCUUUAUGGAUGGGUUGCAAGAGAGGAGGAUUACAAUGGAAGUGGAAUUGUUGGCAAGAAUGUUAUGAAGAAGAGAGAUUUGAAAAGUGUGUCACAGAUUCAAGCAGAGGACGCGAGGAAAAUGAGUCACCUUGUCGAAAACAUGUCUCAAUCGAUUAAGAUGAAGAGGAAAUGCAAGCUAGAGCUUGAAAAGAAAGUUGGUCUGACUUCUAAGUUAUUGGAUGAUUAUGCAUUUCAUAACCUUCAUUUAAACAGAUACUACCAAGAAGAGAUUGAGAAGAUGGAGAGGAACGUGCAAGAGCUGUAUAACCAUAUUCUGCAAGGACAUGAGAAAUCUAUGUCGGAACUGGAAGCAAAGAAGGAGAAGCUGGAGGAGCGUGCGAGGCUGAUCGAGCAACAAGCAAACAUAAACGAAGCUGAGAUGGAAAAAUCCAGACUUGAAAGAAAAAUGAAUCAAAAGGCUAUGUGGGAGCAGAAUGAAGCAAAUGAAGACGCUAUGAAACUUGCAGAAAAGCACCAGAAAGAGAAGGAGAAGCUUCAUGAAAAGAUAAUGGAAAUGGAAGCGAAGCUAAAUGAAACGCAAGAGCUUGAGUUGGAGAUAGAGAAGCUGAAAGGUAACACCAAUGUAAUGAAGCACAUGGCCGGGACUGAUGGAGAUGCAGAGUUUCUUGAUAAGAUGGCUAAACCUCAGAUCGAGCUCGAGGCUAGAGAAACGGCUCUACAAGAGAAAAUGAUGACUCUGGCACAAAAAGAACGUGUGACCAACGACGAGUAUCAAGACGCUCGUAAACAGAUGAUCNAGUUUUGGAAUGGAAAUGAAGAUUUGAUGAGUGGAGAGAAGAUUAGAGUGAAGAGAAUGGGGCAAUUAAACCCUGAAGCGUUUUUGGCAGCAGUGAAGAAGAAACAUAGAGGUCCAAAAGCAAGAGCAGAGACUAAGGCAAUGGAGUUGUGUUCAUCGUGGGAAGUACACGUUGGAGAUGUGCAAUGGACUCCAUUUAAAGUCGACGAAUCUGAUGGAACACCAAAGAGAGUGGUGGAUAAAAACGACAAGAAGCUGCUUAAGCUGAAGAACGAAUUCGGUGAAGAAGUUUAUAGUGAAGUUGUAAGAGCAAAGCUAGAGAUAGAGGAUUACAAUGCAAGUGGUAGCUAUGUGAUUUUAGAGCUUUGGAACUAUGAGCAAAACCGAAAGGCGACAAUGGAGGAAGCAACGGAUGUAAUGUUGAAGAUAAGGAACAAUCUUGCUGGUACCAAGAACAAACGAAAGAGGAGGCUUUGA